AUGCUGCUUGAUUUAGUAUGCUUCAUCCCAAAUGUAUGCCUGCCUCUCCUGGCAGUCUGGGGUCUGUCGGCCCUCAUCUAUCGAGUUUAUUUCCACCCCUUAGCAGAUAUCCCCGGGCCCCUUCUAGGACGCAUGUUCCACUUCUAUUCGUUCUGGCAUAAUAUGCGCGGCAGUCGGUUCUACCUGCACAUCCAAGACUUGCAUAUCAAAUACGGCCCGGUUGUACGCAUCACGCCUCAAGAAGUCCACCUCUCGGACCCCGAGCACAUCGACACAAUCUACUCCUUCGCCUCGUCCGCCAGCAGCUACGGGAAAGACUCGUCCUUCUACAGCAGCUUCGGCACCAGCCACGCGACCUUCACGACCUGCGACCCAGCCCAGCACCGCGCCAAACGCGCCACCCUGAACCCAUUCUUCUCCGCUCGCCGCGUCGCCGAGCUCGAGCCCCGCAUCCAGGCAAAAGUCACCCAGAUCCUCACUCGCACGAACGUAUCCCUGACGACCACCGGCGCGGUCGAGCUGCACGGCCUCUUCCGCGCCCUGGCACUCGACGUCGUAACCGACUACGCCUUCGACCAGAGCUACGGCUUCUUGGCCCGGCGCGAUCUGGGUAGAGACUUUUUCGCGAUGAUCGCCUCGCUGGGCCCGGGCGUGUGGGUGUUCAACCAGUUCCCGUUCCUACGGGGCGUCGCCACGGCGCUUCCGCUCUGGAUUGCGUGGGGCCUUAGUACCUCUCUCGCGAGGAUGAUCGUUCAUCGAAGGGAAUGCCGGCAGCAGAUUCUGCGGGUGAAGGAGAAGGUAGACGGGGAGGAAGGGUCCGGGCGCAGCACGACCAUCUUCCAUCAUCUGUUGCGGGCGGACACAUCCAAGAACCCCGCCCCUGUGCCGAGCUUGCUGGAGCUCGAGGAUGAGGCCUAUGUGCUUCUGGCCGCCGCCGCCGAUACCACCGCUAAUGCCCUCACUGUGGCCGUGUAUCACACUGUGAGGAAUGCGCGGGUCUACGGGAGGUUGGUUGAGGAGUUGGAGGAGGCGUUCCCUGGUGAUUCUGAGGGGACGCUGUCUUACCAGGCUCUCAAGGCGCUGCCGUAUCUUACUGGUGUCAUUAAAGAGGCGCUGCGGCUAUCAUCCGGCGUCCCUGGUCGACUUCCUCGCGUCGUGCCCCGCGGAGGAGCCACGUUCGGUGGCUAUCGCGUACCCGAAGGGACUGUCGUGAGCAUGAGUCCCUGGACGGUGAACCGCAACGAAAAUAUCUUCCCCGACCCCGAAGAAUUCAGCCCUGAUCGCUGGCUCGACCCGGAAGAAUCCCGGUUGCGAGACAGGUAUCUGUUCUCGUUUGGGAAGGGCUCGACACAGUGUAUUGGGAUGCCGCUUGCGUAUAGCGAGUUGUACAUCGUCCUGGGCAGGUUCUUUCGCGCGUUCCGGCAGCUCGAAACUAGGCAUAAAUCGAAGGAUGAGCUGUUAUAUAAUGACUACUUCUCAGGUUUUUUUGCCGAGGAGAAUGAGGAGUUUGUUUUUUGGAGUGCGCGUCGAGGAUAG